AUGGUGGUCAUCUUGCAAGGAGUGUGGGACGAAGGAUUCGAGAACGAAGAGAGAGAAGGAGAACAAAAGGAGGAAGAAUUUCCCCGCAAGGAGUUUUACCGCCCGUGCCUGUCCUGCUUCGCGGUGCUUUCCCUGGCUGCCGCCGUUCAGUGCGUCGCUCCUCGUCUUGGCGAGUUCCUUCUGUGCCAGCUCGACGACGUCCGCUUGCUGCGUCGUGGCAGCGUCGACCGCCGCUGCGAGCGCUGGGGGUGGAAAACGGCGAAAGAGUGCCUCGCCACCUCCCUCGUCUUCGGGCUGUGCAUCACGGCGGCGGUGGUGUCAGGCGGCGGGGCGUUGCUUCUGGGCCUUGGCAUGACCCACAGCGUCGUCUCCGCCGGCCGCGAAGCGGUCCCGGUGAUCCGCAAGGGCUGGCUGAGGCGGAGGAUGAGCCGGGGGGGGGGGCACGCCUCCUCGGCCGCGGCGCCGUCCUCGUCGUCGUCGCCGGCGGCGCAAGGCUCAGGCUUGUCUCUGCGUGGGGUCCUCGCCUCGAUCAGGUCCGGCCCGACGCGCGUCGUCUGCUCCCCUGUCGUGCUGCCCGCCUUCGUGCUCUGGAUGACCUAUAGCACGAUCUGCUCGUGGCCGAAGGAGUGCACGGAACGGCUGGCGUUUCUGCUGGAGGUGCUGGCGGCGACGGUUUGCACCAUGCACCUCGCCCGAGCCCCGGCCGCGGCCGCGGCGGUGGCGGCUGAAAACGACCCGCGGUCUUCAUCGACCCGGCACGGCAACGAAGCGGUAUUAUUAGUAGAGGGGGGGAGCGCAGUCGUAGCGACGAAGUGGAUCAGCAGGGCCCUCGUGUGCGCCUGCGCCGUGGCCGCGUGGGCAUUUCUCCUGCUGUGUUGUCUCGUCGUCUUCGGCCGCCGGGAGAGCUCUGAAGGGAUCCUGGUUGCUGUGCUCGUCGUCACGGCCGUCGCCCUGCGCAGCCCCCGCGAGAAGUCCUGGCGCGGCUUGAUGCUUGCGUUUUGGGUGGCCCUGCUUGCCGUCCUCCUCAACGCCGCCGCGCUGAAGCUGUUGCAGCAGAACAAGGUGUUUCACCGGGUGUUUUCCGACGAAGGGGGAAGGGGUUCCAGGGCCCCGUCUUACCUCGCCAUUCUCAGGGCGACGGCUCAGCUCCGAGAGGAGAGGAACGUUGCGAUGUGGACGGUCUGCUCCUCGUCGGUGGCGGAGAAUGCUCCUACGCGCCCUUGUCCCGUCCUUGGCUUCCUUGCGACAGGAGCAAUCCUAGGCCCCUCCGGGAUCAGCGUCAUCAAGGACCUGAACGAGCUCGACACGCUGGGAGAGCUUGGCAUCAGCUUCUUGCUGUUCGAGCAAGGCCUAGAGCUCAGCCUCGACAGGCUCAAGGCGUUGAGCAAGUACGCGUUCGGGCUGGGCACGGCACAGGUUUUGCUGUGCACGCUGGCUUUCGCCGCAUUUCCGUUUCUGGGAGGAGUCGACGUACUAGAGGUGGUCUUCCACUCGCCCGCGGAAUUGGUGAGCAUCCGUCGAGUGGACGAGGCCGUGGUGAUCGGGGCGGCUCUGUCCCUCUCGAGCUCGGCGUUCGUGCUAAAGAUCUUACAGGAAAAGGGGCAGAAGGCGGCGCGGUUCGGGCGGGCGGUCCUCGGCAUCCUUCUCCUGCAGGACAUCGCAGUCGUGCCGCUGCUCGUGCUCCUCCCCAUCAUCGAGACGCAGGGGGGUACCGACACGGCGCUUUCGGAGCAGCUGCUGCUGGUUGCCCUUACGGUGGCCAAGGGUGUUGGCGGCCUGGGCGGCAUCCUGGUGGCCGGGCGAUUCCUCCUCCGGCCCUUGUUUGACGUGGUGGCGGGCGCCAGGAGCUCGGAAACGUUCGUCGCUCUCUGUCUCCUUGUGGCGCUCGGGAUGGGCCAGCUGACGGAGGCGAUCGGUCUUAGCACCACCCUGGGGGCCUUCGCCGCAGGCACCCUGCUCGCGGAGACCAACUACCGCACCCAGGUGGAGGCCAACAUCGCUCCCUUCCGGGGACUGCUACUGGGGCUAUUCUUCACCACCACAGGCGCGACGGUAGACCCCAUGCUGUUGGUCGAGCAGUGGCCGACGGUGACGGGGCUGCUGUUGGGUCUGGUGACCUUCAAGAGCAUCAUCAUUUCAUCCGCCAGCCUCGGGUUCGGCCUGUCCGCGCCGGAGGCGGCGAAGACGGGGCUCAUACUCUCAGGAGGGGAAAGGUUCCGUUUGGGGGCCUGUCCCCCUCCCCGCCCCCCGGGGGCUUGGCCGAAAAGGCCAAAAGGGUUUUCCACGGAGGCGGGGGGGUCCCGAUGGGGCCCCCCCCCCCCCCGGUGGAGCGAGAUAAGCAUCCGUCUGGGGUCAGAGCUCUUGGAGAGCUUUGGUGUGGCCAGGUCGGACGACGUGCAGAGCGCCAAGACCGACCUCCGAAAAACCUUGGUCGAGCUUGCGCGAAAAGGAGACGUCAAGGGGGACUUCUCACAGAGGUUCACGCCGGCGAUGCUGAGCGUGAAGCGGGACGUUGCCCUUAAGGGCGUCCCGCCCCCCGGGCAGCCGUUCCCCAAGGACGCCAAGAAGCUAGGCGUAGAUGUGUGCCUGCUUCCCCCACACGACGGUGAGGAGGGCGAGGACAACGACUUGGUCGACGGUCUGCCUACGGCAGAGGACGUGGCGGCAGCAACGGCGGUGUCCAACGCGCUGCUGGGAGAUGUCAUCAACGGGGGAGACGUGGUUAGUGAAGGAGGGGGGGGGGGUGGCGUGGCGGCGGGGGCGGCGGCGGCGGCAAAUACUGCCUCGAGCGAACAACCCUAGACUCCUUGCCCCCCUGUCUUUUUUCGUGGAGCGGCGUAGUGCUGGCUGUAUCGUGAUUUGUUGUGGCUUGUGUUUUAGCAGGACUAACAAGAUGAUGAAGGGUAGCCCGCCGUCUAGUGCAGGAGGAGUACUUCGUUGGACAUGAAACUAGUUUGUACUUGGUAUUCUAUUCUCAAGAGGCACCGAUGGCUGCGAGACAUCGUAUGGACGAAAGAUAUCAUACGGAUGCCCCCAACAGUUUUUUAUAUAUGCAUACCAUGUGUUUCUCUACAUCGUGCGCCGUGUGAAGCUGGGCCAUUGCUUGCGUGUACCGUCCCGUCCGGUUCCGUUCCGUGCACUAGUUGGGGGUCGCCGUUGCCCGAAGUCAGCGUGCCUCUCCGGCCGCAGUCUAGUCUGUUGCGGCCCACGCGUUGUUAUCUAUGUAGCACAAGGGGCGGAGCGAUGCCGUUUUUUUUGUUUUUUUUUCAAGUCUUACUGUCGUCCCCCGUUCCGAAUUGAUUUUUUCCUGUAUUGAGAAGCACCCCCCCGUCUGAAUUAUUCCUGUAUUGAGAAGUAAAAGGAGGAGAAAGAACGAACAAGAGAGAUUGUCCGUGGUUGUCAUAGAGCGCGAGUGAGCGCAUUUUUCUUUUUUUUCUGUUUUGUCGUGAGAUGGCAGGGGACCAACGGACACGGACACUUACAAUAGCGCGCAACUCGCGAUGAAGAUGAAGUAAGACGUCGCGGGCCCGCCGGCCAAGCAAGCGUAGCAGGAUCGAUUUUUGUUGUGAGUGCUUUAGGCCCACCUUUCGCUGCCCGUUUUUUCUUCUUUUUUGUGUUCGCGUCCGUAAGCCAUGUAGUGGCGAACUCUUCUCUGCCCACAAGUGUGUAGCCGUACCCUUUUUUCGGUCCGUGCCGGCUACAACCAAGAGCACCGUUGUCCUGCAACGCCAUUUAGUAGGUUGUGUGGUUCGCUUUGGUGUGUGUAG